GUUCCUUCAUCCACUCUGUGCCCAGGCAUGAGGUGCCGGGGGAGCUGGAAGUCUCCUAUUCUCAGGUUCAACCACAGGACGCAGGAGUUUACUCUGCCAGAUACAUAGGAGGAAACCUCUUCACUUCAGCUUACACAAGGCUUAUUGUAAGACGAUGUGAAGCUCAGAAAUGGGGCCCUUCCUGCAGUUUCCACUGCCCUUCCUGCACGAACAAUGGCAUUUGUCAUGAAGAUACCGGGGAAUGCAUCUGCCCUCCAGGUUUUAUGGGAAAAACAUGUGAGAAAGCUUGUGGAGCCAAUACGUUUGGCAAAACGUGUGAGGAGACCUGUAAAGAAAGCUAUGGCUGCAGGAACUACAUGUUCUGCCUUCCAGAUCCGUAUGGUUGUUCUUGUGCCACAGGAUGGAUGGGACUGGAAUGUGAUAAAGAAUGCAAACCUGGUUUUUAUGGGUCGGAUUGCAAACUGAAAUGUAAUUGUCACAAUCGAGGGACAUGUGACAGAUUCAAGGGCUGCAUCUGCUCCCUCGGCUGGCAUGGUCUGCAGUGUGAAAGAGAAGGUAAAGCAAGGUAACACGACCUUUCACCUCAGAUAGAAAACUUAAUAGACCCUGUGGAACUCAAUUCUGGCGUCGAGUUCAAGCCUUUUUGUAUCGCAACUGGGAUGCCACUCCCUAAAUCUGAAGAAUUUAAACUUUUGAAGCAAGAUGGAACGGUCUUAAGGCCCUCCCUGUUUGUUACCAGUAAUCGCUCUGAGGCCAUGUUUACAAUUAAUCGAAUCCAGCCCCGUGACACAGGAACCUGGGUCUGCAGCGUGCAGACGGUCGCGGGAAUGGCAGAGAAACCCUUUCAAGUUACGGUCAAAGUUCCUCCUGUGCCACAGUAUGCCCCAAGGCUGACAGACAGCGGACAUAAUUUUCUCAUAAUUGAUAUCAAUGCUGAGUUACAUCUUGGAGAUGGACCUGUUGUGUCAACAAAACUCCUGUACAAGCCAGCAAAACGUUAUCAGUCCUGGAUGUCUGUGGAAGUGAAAGGCACAACCAAAAGGCUGGACAACCUGGAACCAAAAACAGAGUAUCAGUUCUGUGUUCAGCUGAGUCGGCAAGGGGAAGGUGGGGAAGGCCACCCUGGACCACAGGCUAGCUUCACCACAGCUGCGCUCGGUCUUCCUCCACCAGAAGGUCUCACUCUCUUUCCAAAAAGCAUGACAUCCCUGAAUUUGUCAUGGCAUCCUUUAACACUGAGGACAGAGGAUGACAUUCGUGUUGAUAGCGUGAAUGACAACGGUGCCGAGAGCAGUGUUAUUACUCAAGUGCCAGGAAAUAUGUCCACCCUGAUCAUUAAAGACCUUGAGCCUAGACAGCAGUACAUGUGCAGGGUACGGGUGAACACCAGGUCCCAGGGAGAAUGGAGCAACUACCUGUAUGCAUGGACUUUCAGUGACCGAAUCCCUCCUGCACCAUACAACAUCAGGUUUUCUAACACUACUGACACAUCCUCCGUCAUCUCUUGGGCAACUGCUGAGGGUCAUUCCAUCUCCUCCAUCAUCAUCAGCUACAAAAUUUACGGCAAGGCAGAGUACAACCACAUCGACAUUAUCAUAAAGAACGCCAGCAUUACCCAGUACCACCUCAAAGGCCUUGAGCCAAACACCGUGUACCAGGUUCAGAUUAAUGCUCAGAACAACAUCGGCUUGAGCAACCCAAACACUUCGUUUGAACUGAAGACUCUUCCAGAAACUAAAGUUCCGUAUGAAUCAAAAGGAGGCAAAAUGCUGCUGAUUGCAAUCCUUGGCUCUGCGGGGAUGACCUGUGUGACGAUUCUCCUGGCCUUUCUCAUCAUGCUGCAGCUAAAGCGAGCCAACUUCCAGCGCCGCAUGGCUCAGGCCUUCCAAAACGUGGUGAGGGAAGAGCCAGCCGUACAGUUUAACUCAGGUACUCUCACCCUGAGCAAGAAAGCCAAAAACAGCCCAGAUCCCACUAUUUAUCCAGUUCUUGAGUGGAAUGACAUAAAAUUUCAAGACGUGAUCGGGGAAGGUAACUUUGGGCAAGUCCUGAAAGCACGCAUUAAGAAAGAUGGCUUACGCAUGGAUGCUGCGAUUAAAAGGAUGAAAGAGUACGCCUCAAAAGACGAUCACAGAGACUUUGCUGGAGAACUUGAAGUUCUUUGUAAACUUGGUCAUCACCCCAACAUCAUAAAUCUUCUGGGAGCCUGUGAACAUCGGGGAUAUCUUUAUCUUGCUAUUGAAUAUGCUCCCCAUGGAAAUUUACUGGACUUCCUUCGGAAAAGCAGAGUGCUAGAGACUGACCCGGCCUUUGCUAUUGCCAACAGUACUGCAUCUACACUGUCCUCUCAGCAACUUCUGCAUUUUGCAGCAGACGUUGCUAGAGGGAUGGACUACUUGAGCCAGAAACAGUUUAUUCAUCGAGAUUUGGCAGCCAGAAACAUCUUGGUUGGAGAAAACUACGUUGCAAAAAUAGCUGACUUUGGCUUAUCAAGAGGUCAAGAAGUUUAUGUUAAGAAGACCAUGGGACGGCUUCCAGUGCGAUGGAUGGCCAUUGAAUCUCUGAAUUACAGCGUUUACACCACAAACAGUGACGUGUGGUCAUACGGUGUCCUGUUAUGGGAAAUUGUUAGUUUAGGUGGAACACCGUAUUGUGGUAUGACCUGUGCAGAACUCUACGAAAAACUGCCUCAAGGGUACAGACUGGAAAAGCCUCUCAACUGUGACGAUGAAGUGUAUGACCUAAUGAGGCAGUGCUGGAGAGAGAAACCGUAUGAAAGACCAUCGUUUGCUCAGAUACUGGUGUCACUGAACAGGAUGUUAGAAGAAAGGAAGACCUACGUGAACACUACCCUAUACGAGAAGUUUACUUAUGCAGGCAUUGACUGCUCCGCUGAAGAAGCUGCUUAAGACAGGAGAAAUCUUCAUUCAUCAACGAUGUACUGAAGAAAACCAAAACUC